CCUUUAGCUAGAAUGUUCAUAUGUUCUGACAGCAAUUUCUUGUACAACUUCUGACAGUGUGUUAGCAGCGCACUUACACACUGCCGAGCAGUAAAGCUGUUAAAGUUGUUGAGAGCGAGUUUGUAAUGAAGCCUUGAAAGGGCCAUUGCUGUCUGAUUUCAAACUUCUCCAAGGACCAUUUCUAGCAGAAAUGGCAGAGAGGAUAAAUAACUUCCCUCCACUCCCCAAGUUUAUUCCUCUGAAACCAUGCUUCUACCAGAAUUUUGUUGAUGAAAUUCCCAUAGACUAUCAGAAUCUGGUGAAAAGAAUUUACCACUUGUGGAUCUUUUACUGCAUCACAUUAGUGGUGAAUCUAAUUGGUUGCCUGGCCUGGUGGAUUGGUGGCGGUUCUGGUGUCAAUUUUGGCUUGGCCAUCCUUUGGCUUGUUCUCUUCAGCCCCUGCAGUUACGUAUGCUGGUUCCGACCUGUAUACAAAGCUUUUCGGUCCGACAGCUCUUUCAAUUUUAUGGCCUUCUUCUUCAUCUUUGGUGCCCAGUUUGUUCUGACGUUCAUACAAGCAAUCGGCAUCUCCGGCUGGGGAGCAUGUGGAUGGUUGGCAGCCAUUACCUUUUUCAGUACCAGUGUCGCAGCUGCUGUGUUCAUGCUGUUUCCAGCCAUAAUGUUUACAAUGUCUGCUGUGGCAAUGUCCUUCUAUCUCCUAAGGGUAAAUAAAAUUUACCGAGGGGCUGGAGGGAGCUUUCAGAAAGCCCAGGAUGAAUGGAACAGCGGCACAUGGAGGGACCCUCCGAGCAGGGAAGCUCAGUACAAUAACUUUUCCGGAAACAGUCUGCCACAGUACCCCACCGUGCCCAACUAUCCCACAGGAAGUCAAUGGCCUUAAGCAGCAACAGCUGUCAAACUGCCUGGAUUAUCUUUUUUGUGCAUAUGUGUGUGUGCGGUCUCAUUUUUUAUUAUUUGAAAAGAUCAUUUGGUUUUUCCUGUCAUUUUGAGGGUUUUUUAAUCCCCUCCUCCCCAGGACUGCAGAAAAUCUGUGCACGCAGCCCGUGCUGCCUCCAGGGCCUUGCACAUCUCUGUUGAACAUUUUAUUUUGUGCACAGUUGCCAGUAUUUGCCCUGCUGCAGGCCGAGGGACUAUUCGCUGCCCUUGCUCGGGGGCAUCCUUCAGUGAUCAGUGCAUGGAAAAGGCUGAUUUUUCCCCUCUGCCAAGAACACUUUAAGUUGCUCUUUCUCCUGCCCUCCCUCUCCUCCUUAGAUGCACAGCGCGCCGCUGCGCUCUUCCUGCUGCCAAGCAGGGGACACAAUCGAAAAUGGGCGUCGGCUGACAUCUCCUGAUGAACUAUCUGGAAUUUCUGUUUCUCUCACUUCGAGAAACAUCUCGUCUGUUUUAUUUUGUGCUAGUACAACUGAAAUUGGUUGCCAGGGCUCCCUUCCUGCUCGGAAAACCUUUGAAGGUCUGUGACCUUCUCUUAAGUUCUCUGUAGUGAGAGAUGCUUGGCCUAAGGCUGCCCACUGCGAGGGAGUGGUGAUCAGAUGCAGAGUCCUGCGCAGGCACCACUCGGCUGGUGAGGUGUCCUCCUAAUAGGACUCUUGUUUUCCCCACCCCCAAAAGUUUGGGGUUUUUUAAUGCUAGGAUCCACAUGCUUUGAGAGCAGGGGCUCACCUCGCGGUCUGUUACCCUCACUUGCUAAUGGCCCGAAUGAAAGCCUGGUGGAAUCACUGACUUCAAUGGGCUUUGGCUCCGACUGCAUCCGUAAAAUUCACUCUUAUGUAACUAGCCAGCGUAACACCUGGCGCCAUUUAAAUCCCACUGACGCAGCGUCUAGGUGUUUGUGCUGGCACCGAGUAUCGUCUCCCUCCUGCUUGCAUCUCAUCCCACUGACACCCGCGUGGUGGACAGGAGCUUCUGGCUAGGGCUCUUCAGCCAGGUGCUGGAGAACGUGUCUAAAUCUGAAUACUAAGACCAACCUGUGUGAGCAGGGAGGAACUUCCUUAAAACUGAUGGCUUAAUCCUGACUUACUCAGAUCUGAGCCAUGGCAGAACCCCCGCGUUUCUUAUGCUGGUGAGUUGUUUUCCUGCUCCGUGUCACCUACGACUUGUAAACUGCCCUUUAUUUAGUCCUGCAGGACCACAGCCCAUGCAUGCAGCCAGUUUACUAGGGUGUGAAGAGCUCUCCUCUCCACUUUAGCGUGUGGGCAGCGUGGUGGGAUCAUUUUUCCUUGGGAAGGAUAAAGG